UUUUGAAGUAAUCCAACCCGUGUCGUCGAGUUCCUCCUCACUGCUCUCUGCCUCGCCCGACGGCCGCUGCUUCUCUCGCGCCGAUUUCUCCUUCGGUCCUUCCUCACAAAACCCUAGGCCUCAACCACCGCCAGUCAUGGCGACGCCGGCGUCGGCCGUCUCCGACGUGGGCGAACCACAGGCCGAAGAGCCCCCUCAGGCCGAGGCAGUGGUCGCGGCGCAACCGGAAGGGCCCGAGGCAGGGGCGGCCGCCACGGCGGAAUCGGCAGGGGCAUCCAAUCAAUCUGCCCUUGCGGCGGCAGCCUCCGGAGACGCCUCGUCCGCUCCCGCUCCCGUUCCCGCUCCCACCACCACUCCCGAUUCUGCGGCGGCGCCACCUCCGGCUUCUCCAGCUGCGCGCGCAGCACCAGGGCCUGCACGGCCGCAAUUUGCAGGCUUCCCGGCCUACAUGGCGCCCCCGUCUCCGUCGCCUGCCUUUUCUUUUAACGUACUGCUGAGGGCUCCACCAGCCCCGCAAAUUGGCGGCGGAGCAGCUUCACUACAGCCAGGCUCUUCUCCGGCACUCACAGCUGCUCCUGUGCCUGCAGCAGCUCUUCAGCCACCAGCCCCAGGGCAAUAUUUUGGGAACAGGCCUUCUUUCUCGUAUAAUGUAGUUUCGCAUGCUAAUGCUAGAUUGCCUACUGGUCAGCAGUUUCAACCUGACGCUGGAACAAACCAUGUUGGUCAAGCUUCUAGAUUUGUUUCACCGGGUUCCUUGCAGCCUCCUGCUCCUGGGCAAUUAACUCGCCCAGGUACAACUUUGCAAGGAGCUAUGGCACCUAAUCCUCCUGGAUCUAUUCAGUUGCCAUUUUCAGUGCCAAGGCCAUCCAAUAUUCCUUUUGGUGCUAGCGCACAACAGGGCAACUUGGACACUAAUACCUCGAAAUCAGAUGCCCCAAGUGCGCCAAUGGUUAGCCCCCAUACCAUGCAGUUGCCUACUGGCCUGUCAUCAAAUUCCCCCUCAACAAUUACAAGUGCUUCUGGAAGUUCUUCAAUCCCUAUUCAGAUGCCAUCACUGUCAUUGCCACCUCGCCCUGAGGUAUUUGGAAGUGGUAGACUAUCUGUACCUGGACAACCUUCUCCAAUCUUCUCAAAUCCAACAAGCCUCCCUGGGAGGCCUAUUGUUCCAUCUGCAGCUUCUUUGCCCCAAACAACACCAUCAUCAAUUGCAAACCCAGGUGUUAUUCCACAGAAUUCUCAACCACCAUUUUACCCAUCCUAUCCAGGACAUGGUGUUGUCCCACCUCAACCUUUAUGGGGGCACCCCCAUCCUCCACAACCUACUGGGGCCCAGCAGCCUCCCUUCCAGUCCUAUCCUGGUCCUGUAGGGUCUCUUGGCAAGCCAAUGGUUGGGGCUUCUGCUGCAACUAAGGCCUUUGCCAAUCCCCAACCAUCUAGUGUCUUAACUGGCGGGGAUCGAAAAGAACAGGCAUCAACAAAUCCAGGAUCUGAACAGCCCACUCUGGCUUCAUCCGAGCCAGGUUCUACAGGACAUGGAGGUCAAGUCAAUGAGCAGCUGGAGGACAAAAGAAACACAGGAGUUCAGGAUUCGGAUGCAUGGUCUGCUCACAAAACUGAAACUGGUGUUGUAUACUAUUACAAUGCCUUGACUGGAGAAUCAACUUAUCAGAGACCGCCUGGUUAUAAGGGGGAGCCUGAGAAUGUUGCAACACAACCAGUUCCAGUUUCUUGGGACAAAUUGGCUGGUACUGACUGGAGCAUAGUAUCAACAAGCGAUGGAAAGAAAUAUUAUUAUGAUAACAAGCAAAAGGUUAGCAGCUGGCAACUUCCGCCAGAGGUGGCUGAGCUCCUCAAGAAUGCGGAAUCUGGUCCAACUUUGCUGCAGGAUGCUGCUACUAUAGAUAAUAAGGGAGUAAUAAACAUUGAUGCAAGUACUCCUGCCAUACAGACAGGUGGCCGUGAUUCGUUGCCACUUCGGCAAACAGUUGCCCCUGCAUCGCCAUCUGCAUUGGAUUUAAUAAAGAAGAAAUUGCAGGAUGCUGGUGCUUCCAGUGUGCCUUCACCUCUUGCUACGUCUUCAUCUGCUGCUUCUGAACUGAAUGGAUCCAAACCAGCUGAUGCUGCACUUAAGGGGCAGCAAGUGUCGAAUAAUGGUGAGAAAUCAAAAGAUAACAAUGGAGAUACGAAUAUGUCUGAUUCCUCUUCAGAUUCAGAUGAUGAGGAACACGGCCCAAGUAAAGAGGACUGCAUUCGUCAGUUUAAGGAGAUGCUAAAGGAACGAGGAGUUGCACCAUUUUCGAAGUGGGAGAAGGAACUUCCAAAAAUAGUUUUUGAUCCGCGCUUUAAGGCUAUUCCUAGUCACUCGACAAGGCGGGCUAUAUUUGACCACUAUGUUCGCACACGUGCUGAAGAGGAGCGAAAGGAGAAAAGAGCUGCCCAGAAGGCUGCAGUAGAGGCGUAUAAAGAAUUACUGGAAGAAGCAUCCGAGGACAUCAACGAGAAAACAGCCUAUCAGGAUUUCAAAAGAAAAUGGGGUGCUGAUUCUCGGUUUGAAGCCUUGGACCGAAAGGAAAGGGAAGCUCUUUUUAAUGAGAAGGUGAAGGCUAUUCAAGAAAAAGUCCAAUCAAUGCGCAAAGCUGUCAUUGCUGACUUCAAAUCAAUGCUUCGAGAAAGUAAAGAUAUAACUUCAGCUAGCCGAUGGACAAAAGUGAAAGAAAAUUUCCGGAGUGAUCCAAGGUACAAAGCCACGAAGCAUGACGAGAGGGAAACUAUAUUUAAUGAAUAUAUAGCAGAACUAAAAUCUGCUGAACAGGAAGCAGAACAAGCUGCCAAGGCCAAAGUGGAUGAACACGCCAAGUUAAAGGAGAGGGAACGCGAAACACGCAAAAGGAAAGAAAGGGAGGAACAGGAAAUGGAGAGAGUAAAAAUGAAGAUCCGAAGAAAAGAGGCUGUGUCAUCAUACCAAGCUUUGCUUGUUGAAAUGAUUAAGGAUCCCAAGGUAUCAUGGACAGAAUCCAAACCGAAGCUUGAAAAGGAUCCACAAGGUCGAGCUCUAAAUCCUGACUUAGGCCAAGGCGAUGCAGAAAAGUUAUUUCGUGACCAUGUCAAGGACCUAUAUGAGCGGUGUGUACGUGAUUUCCGGGCACUUCUAUCUGAGGUUAUCACUCCAGAAGUAGCAGCACGGACAACAGACGAGGGGAAGACUGCAAUCAACUCUUGGAGUGAAGCAAAAUGUCUUCUAAGAUCUGAUCCAAGGUACAACAAACUGGCGAGUAAAGACAGAGAGUCUAUUUGGCGGCGCUAUGCUGAUGACUUGACGAGGAAACUCAAACAAUCUGACACGAAGGAGAAGGAUAAAUCGGAUACAGAUGGGAAGCCACGAAGGUCAUCUGACACGAAGGAGAAAUCAGAUACAGAUGGGAAGCAACGUAGGCCCUCUGAUCCACCUAGGCGCAGGUAGCCGCUUAUAGUAACACCCACUUGUACUUCCUAGUCUAUUUCUUGCUGUUCGUGAAGGGCCUGGUUACACUCUUCUGUAACAUAUUGCAUUGUCAAUUGUCAUCGUCAUCACAGCAAGUUUUGUUAUUGAGGAGCUUCUACGUUUUACAAGUUC